CUCUAUUCACUGCAUUUUGUAUUAUUCGUUCGUCGAAUUGUGUGUUUUGUGUUGAGUUGAGUUUAAUUAAUUUGCUUUGAAACCUGAGUUGAGCGCACUAUGUCUGACUUACCAAAAAUGGAAUACGUACGAUUCGGCAAAACAGGUCUAAAGGUAUCGAGAAUUUGUCUCGGUUGUAUGUCUUAUGGCAGUCCGGCAUGGAGUCCUUGGAUCAAGGAAGAAGAGGAAUCAAUCAAACAAAUUAAACUCGCAUAUGAAGCCGGAAUCAAUUUCUUUGAUACUGCUGACGUGUACUCAAGUGGCCUGAGUGAAAUUAUACUGGGAAAAGCUUUGAAGGAAAUCGGUGCUCAUAGAGGUCGUGUUGUGAUUGCUACGAAAUGCUUCUUCCCCGUCUACGAUUCUCCUGUCGGCUUAAAAAACUUUGCUAAUUUUGCACAAGACCCUGACCUAGUCAACCGUGUGGGUCUUUCUCGCAAGCAUAUCUUCGAUGCGGUUGAAGCUUCAUUGAAAAGGCUUGGAGUUGACUACAUUGAUCUUUAUCAAAUCCAUCGUCUUGAUACUGGUACUCCGAUGGAAGAAAUCAUGGAGGCGCUCAAUGAUUUGGUACGCUCCGGUAAAGUGAGAUACAUUGGCGCCAGUGCGAUGUCUGCAUGGCAAUUCCAAAAACUGAACAACAUUGCAGAGCGCAGAGGCUGGGCUAAGUUCGUAUCCAUGCAAAAUCUGUACAACCUUCUGUUCCGUGAAGAAGAAAGAGAAAUGAUUCCGUACUGUCUUGAUGCUGGAAUUGCCGGUAUUCCCUAUUCACCGCUAGCGUCUGGCAUUAUUACAGGAAAGAAUAGAACCACAACUCGUGCUGGUAGUGCGCAUCUAAUGACCACCAUUUAUCCAAAUACAAAGCAAGAAAGUAACGAUGUUAUUGUGUCGCAUGUCGAAGAAAUUGCCAAGAAGUAUAAUGCAACCAAUGCUCAAAUCGCGUUGGCUUGGCAUUUUACGAAGCCCUACAGCACUUCACCGAUCGUGGGAGUUAGUAAAAUCGAACAACUUUACGAUUUGCUUGGAGCAUUGAAAAUUAAGCUCACCGAAGAAGAUGUUAAGUAUUUGGAGGAACCUUACACACCACGUCCACCUCAAACAUUGAACUUUUAAGCUUUUUGUUGAAUAAAAUCAAUUUUUUGUGUGGUUGCAAUCAA